CUAAUUUAAUGAGAAAAGGGCUUCGUUUAAGUUUUCAUCUCGAGUUUUACUCUUAAAUUUUAGCAAGAAAGUUAAACAUCAUAAUGGAGCCUAGUGUUUCAGGUUCUUCAGCAUCUUCUAGAGCGACUAGAUUCAUGAUGGAAGGCGUAGGAGCUCGUGUUAUACGGGGGCCAGAUUGGAAGUGGGGCAAACAGGAUGGAGGGGAGGGGCAUGUAGGUACCGUGAGAAACUUUGAAUCACCAGAAGAGGUAGUGGUUGUGUGGGACAAUGGAACUGCUGCAAAUUACAGAUGCUCUGGAGCUUAUGACUUGAGAAUCCUGGAUAGUGCUCCCACUGGUGUUAAACAUGAAGGAACUAUGUGUGAUACAUGCCGGCAACAACCUAUAUUUGGAAUUCGCUGGAAGUGUGCUGAAUGCAGUAACUACGACUUGUGCUCUGUGUGCUACCAUGGGGACAAGCAUCAUCUACGCCACAGAUUCUACCGCAUCAGUGCACCAGGAGCUCAGCGCUGCCUGGUGGAGCCCCGCCGCAAGAGCAAGAAACAAGCCGUUAGGGGAAUAUUCCCGGGAGCUAGAGUUGUGAGAGGGGUUGACUGGCAAUGGGAAGACCAAGAUGGCGGAAACGGCAGAAGAGGGAAAGUGAAUGAGAUCCAAGACUGGUCUGCAGCCAGUCCGCGAUCAGCUGCUUAUGUGGUCUGGGACAAUGGAGCUAAGAACCUUUACAGAGUUGGAUUUGAGGGAAUGGCUGACCUUAAGGUUAUGAAUGACGUAAAAGGUCAAAACGUAUACAAGGAACAUCUUCCGCUAUUGGGAGAGCUAGGCCCUGGUCGCACGGGCCCUCAUGGGCUGCAAGUUGGUGAUCAGGUGAACGUCGAUCUGGAUCUCGAAAUCGUGCAGUCGCUGCAAAUCGGGCACGGCGGCUGGACGGACGGCAUGUUCGAGUGUCUCGGGACCACUGGCACCGUCGUCGGUAUCGACGAGGACCAUGAUAUCGUUGUUACGUAUCCCAGCGGCAACCGGUGGACAUUUAACCCCGCUGUUUUAACUAAGGUAUGCAGCGGCAACAUGAGCGCGUCAGCAUCGGGCAGCGGCACAGCCUCCAGUGGCUUCGCCGUCGGCGACCUCGUGCAGGUGUGCGCCGACCAGGAGCGGGUCAAGGCGCUGCAGCGUGGACACGGCGAGUGGGCCGAGGCUAUGGCUCCGACUCUCGGAAAAAUAGGUCGCGUACAGCAGAUUUACCACGACAACGAUCUGAAAGUGGAAGUGUGCAAUACGUCGUGGACCUACAACCCCAACGCUGUCACCAAAGUCUCCUCAAUCGGUACCAUUCCGGAAAACUCUUCAGGCGAGCGCCUGUCGGCGCUCCUGAAGAAGCUAUUCGAGACGCACGUGACGGGGGACACUAGCGAGGAGCUGGUGAAGGCGGCCACGAACGGCGACGCGCCGCGCUGCGCCGACAUCCUGGCGCGCGCCGACGCGCCCGCCGACGUCAACGGCGUCUUCGGCGGACACACCGCGCUGCAGGCGGCAGCUCAAAACGGCCACCUGGAAGUGAUCCGCGCGCUGGUCGAGGCGGGCGCGGACGCGGACGCGGAGGACCGCGACGGUGACCGCGCGGCCCACCACGCCGCGUUCGGAGAUGAACCCUCGGCUCUUCGGGCCCUUGCCGCUGCUGGAGCAGAUUUAAACGCGAGGAAUAGGCGGCGGCAGACUCCGCUGCAUAUAGCAGUGAAUAAGGGACACCUGGGCGUCGUCAGGACGUUGUUACAGCUCGCUGUGCAUCCGAGUUUGCAGGACUCUGAAGGGGAUACCCCCUUACAUGAUGCUAUAUCGAAGAAACGGGACGACAUGCUGACGCUGCUGUUGGAGCAUGGAGCUGACAUGACCCUCACCAACAACAACGGUUUCAACGCGCUUCAUCAUGCAGCACUUCGAGGCAAUCCAAGUGCCAUGAAAAUAAUGCUGGGUAAACUCCCCCGGCCGUGGAUAGUGGACGAUGCGAAAGACGACGGCUACACCGCGCUCCACCUGGCGGCGCUGAACAACCACGCGGAGGUGGCCGAGCUGCUGGUGCGCGGCGGCGCGCGCCCUGAUCUGCAGAACGCGAACCUGCAGACAGCGCUGCACCUGGCAGUCGAGCGACAACACACGCAGAUAGUCCGGCUGCUCGUCUCGCACGGCGCUGACCUCAACAUCUGCGAUAAGGACGGCGACACGCCGCUGCACGAGGCGCUACGCCACCACACGCUGCAACAGCUGCGGCGGCUGCAAGACGCGCGCGACGCGGCGCUGCUCUCGGGCCUGGCUCACGCGCACGACAAGAAGUCUUCCGCGUCCAUCGCGUGCUUCCUCGCCGCACACGGCGCCGACCUCACCGUUAAGAAUAAGAAAGGUCAAACCCCACUCGACCUGUGCCCGGACCCGAACCUAUGCAAGACGCUGACAACAUGCCGCAAGGAAGGCACGGGCGGCAGCGACAUGACUCCCGAUACCGAAGCAGGCGCGGCGGCGGCAGCACCAGUCCCCGAGGAGACGGUUCACACCGACCCUACCGCGGACGAGUGCCUCGUGUGCUCUGAUGCGAAGAGAGACACUCUCUUCCGCCCGUGCGGGCACAUAUGCUGCUGCAACGUGUGUGCUGCAAGGGUGAAGAAGUGCCUGAUCUGCCGCGCAUGCGUGACGUCGCGGCAGCGCGUGGGGGAGUGCGUGGUGUGCUCGGAGGCGCCGGCCACGGUGGUGUUCCGGCCGUGCGGGGACGUGUGCGCGUGCGCGGCGUGCGCGCCGCUCAUGCGCAAGUGCGUCGAGUGCCGCACGCCGCUGCAGCACGGCACCGUGGCUCCGCACAACAUCGACCUAGAAAAAGAGGGCAGCAGCAACCUGGCACAAAUUCAAGUGAACAAGGGUCAGCCGGCCCCGGCGCAGGCCGCGCCGCACCACAUGAACAACGGCUCGCGGCCCUUGCCCUUGCCCGCGCCGGCGCCUGCUCCCGCGCCGGCAGCGGCGCCUGCGCCGGCGCCCGCGCCCGCCACAGCCCUCGUCACCUCGCCGCCGCCCGCCGACGUGCAGAAACUACAGCAGCAGUUGCAGGACAUCAAGGAGCAGACAAUGUGCCCGAUCUGCCUGGACCGGCUGAAGAACAUGAUCUUCCUGUGCGGCCACGGGAUGUGCCAGAUGUGCGGCGACCGCAUCACCGUCUGCCCCAUCUGCCGCAAGCAGGUCGAGAAACGCAUCCUCCUGUACUAGGACACCAUAACAUCGCACAUAGUGAAUAUACACCUUAUUACAAUGGGUUAAGGUUAUCUUCGACUGUAACAAUGUCUGGAGCGGCUAUCAAGGUGGGUAUUGUGCCAAAUGGUAAACUUAACCUGUACUUGUAAGGCAUACGUCAGGCGAAAGCAUCACCUUCUGCCCCGACUGUCGUAAGUCUAGAAAGGCAUAGUUAGGUAUCUACACACACCGCACAGUACUGUAUGAUUACGAGUUACAAAAAGUGAUGAAGACACGAAAAAAGCUUCCGACAGCUCAGAGUAGCCAAAACGUCUUAGAGCAGGCAUUUUUUUUGAUGAUUGAUUCGUGAUUUUUAUAUUUAUCUCAUGCGUAAAGUUGAUAAGUUCAUUGUCAUAUCAGUUUUUGAUAUUCGGUAUCAUCAGAGUUUGAUCGAUAACCAGUGAUCGUUAAUUUUUCAGCAAUUUUGGUGCAGCAUCGUUGGUUAAAAGCAUCUGUAUGCCCUACUCUAGGUGGAAUAGAUAAUUAAGGUUAAUAACAGUAAUAUUAACCUUAACCAAUCCUCUCCCUAGAAAAAAAAACAACGGGUUGCACUCCGGGAGUGCCGGCAGAAGUGAAAACUCAAUGACAUUGUAACAGUUUUUCGAUCAGGUCACGCGUCUUACGAAUUUUCAAUCUGUCGAAUCUGUCGGUCACGUAACCUGUCGCGAGUUUAAGAAUUUUUGCACAACGCCGCUAAAGAAGUUUUCACUUCAAAAAUUGAAGAAAAUCCAUUAUUUUUACUAUGCUGCACCAAAAUUGCUGGAAAAUUAACGAUCACUGUCGAUAACAAUAAUAGGCUAGUUAACUGUCCAUAAAUUAAAUUGUUUAACAGCAGUCACGAGAUUCGUUUUACAAAAAUACGCGGUAUACAAGGUAGAUAAAACAUCCAAAAACUCAAAUAAAGGAGGUGGAUUUAUCUCAGUACCUAUAUUGUCCCGUCACUAACUCCAUUCAUAAUAAAAAUAGUUGAUAACCGUCAUAAAGUGAAAAUUAAUAAUUGUGAGUAAAAUAGCUUAUUAUUUUAGAAGUAAAUUAACGACGUGACGUCAUUGGCACACUUCAUGAAUCUUAUGACAACGAGAUAAGUGGCUGUCACAUUUUGUUUCAUUAUCUAGAGAGGCUAUGAUAUUCUUAAUUGCCUGGCGGACAACAACUACAUAAGUAGGUACAUAUGUACCUUGUACGAAAUCGCAAAUCCGUUCUUUUAAAGUAUAAAAUCAUAAAAAUAUAGUUUUAAUUAAUUACGCCUGCGCUGGUCGUUUAUGUUACUAGACUUUAUUUUAUAACAAAAAAUAGUAAAACAUGGUCGUCGUCAGCCUCCUGUUCAGAUCUUUAACAUCCAUAUUAAUUAAGUACUGUACUUAUAUUAUUUUUAUUUUACAAUGUUUACUUAACACGAACGCUCCUGUUUUUUUUUUUCACAUAAAAUUAUAUCUUAGUAAACCAGUAAAAUUUACUGAUACUGGUCAAUACAUCAGACGGUAACUAGUAAAAACAGACAAAAAUCAUAAUAGCAGUGAUUUUUAUUCAGGAUGGACGCAUUUCACACUGAUCGCGACCUGCGCCGGUGAGCGAAGCGAUAAUACAUAUUCAAUCGUCCCGCGCACAGACUUCCGCUCUCAGCCUGUUGUAUAGGGCAUUUCAUUAAGACGCUGAAGCUCCAAAGACGCCGUUGUACCGAAAUCUGUCGCUCUGCUCACUGAGUGUCUGUUUUAUAAAAUAAAUAUCAGUUGGACCCUACAGUCGAACUUACUAAUUUUAAUCUGAUAUAUUAUGGUCUGUAUAUUAAAUGAUCUCGACAGCCCAAAAAAAGCAGGUGCGUUCUUGGCCUUAAAUUAGCCUUACUAUUUACAACGUAGAUAGCUAUCACUUCAAUCUAUUUUAAUGUCUUCGAUCUUGUUAUUCGGAGCAUAUGUUGUUCUAAAAUCUUCAACUUAGGCAACAUAAUUAUGAUAAUAAUUAUGUUUACCGAUUAGGCAUAAGCAUUAUAUAUCAAGUAAAUUAAAAUAAUACAUUUGUAAGAAAAAGGCCAUCCUAUGCUAUGAUAUGAGCUCAACUCGUCUAUAGGACUGAUAAAAUUUAAAAUAUGGAACUGCUAGAGGACCUAGAUAAUAAACAUUUAAAAGAAUUGAUAUUGUUGCGGUUAAAUAUUUGCUGUAAACACGUCGUUUUUUAAUGUCGAAUUUCUAUAUGUAACUAUAAGUAUAGAAUAAAAAGAAACAUGUUAUAAAAAACGUACGUAAACUCUUCAUUUUAAGAAAGCGCGAGGAAAACAAUCGUUAGAGCAAUCGUAGAAUUCCGCAACAUAAAUUAUGUCACGGAAUUGAAAAAAAUUAGCUGCCAAAUAAAUAUACAUGGCCCUGAUAGCCCGUGGUUACAUUUGAUGUCGUUAUUUUCAUGAGAUAGAUAACCUAAUAGUUAGCUUAUUCAGCUCACAUAAUUUUUUCUAAGCAACUGCAAAUAUGUAAUUUAGCAUUAAGCAUUCAUUAUUAUCCUUAAGUUUCAAAAUAUAUAUAACUCUGUGCCUUUUUGAACUUACAUAUUAUGUUACGUUACUUUCAUCGUUAUAAAAUGCAUUUAUUAUCUUUUGAUGAAUUCCAUUAAGUAUUACUACAUUAUAAUCUAUUUCAUUUAAAUUGUUACGAGUGAUGUUAGACCAUCUUUGUACGUAUACAAAAAUAUUUAUAAGACUUCAUUGUAUUUCUUUGUCAACUAUUGUUAAAUAAAAGAAUAUUUAAAAAUCA